AAACGAAAACAAAAUGUGAAAAAAGUAAAACUUGAUAAUUUUCGCCCAACAGAACAGAAGUUGACAGACUUGACUUAAGUUACAUUUCUUGAAAAACAGGUUCAAGACUUCAAUUCAAAGAAACAAAAAAUAUCUUAAAAUUCUCUAAACCGUGCAGAGCCACAUAUAGCUGCAAAUCUGUAGUUCAGACAUUAAACUUCUUAUUAUGGCUGAAUCCAUACAUAUAGAUGUUAAAGAUGAUGAUAUUGGUAGCGACAAGACACGAGCCGCCGCGGAUUGCUUUAAUCGAAAGGUAACUAGACUAGAAAGAUUAUUCCUGAUCUCCAAUCUCAUCUUAGAACUUCCAUCAGCGGCUUUCGAUCAACUAUCAUCUGUGCAUAAGCCUCAGUAUGCACUAUUUAGCAUGUUAAUGUCUUUCACAAUCUUGAUCAUUUCGAUCAUUGACCUUGUGUACAAGAUUCAAACCGAAGGCGUAAUUUGGAUGACGAAAGGAUGGAUACCCUGGUUUUAUUAUCGACAUCCGGAUCUCAAGCGAUUUGGAAACUUUCCAGACAUUGUUGGAUUCAUUUUCGCGAUCUUCCAAUGCAUUUUCGCAUCGUUAUCAUACGUGUUUGUGACUCGACAGAUCAACAAUCCGAUCAAAAUAUCCUAUUGGCCUAUGAUAUUUGCUUUUGCCAUACUGUAUUCAAGAUUUUCAGGAAAUCAAAAAUCAAAAAAAACUACAAAGAUAAGGAGAUUGACUAGAGUCACGGAAUUCAGUUUCGCAGAGCUUGCUGCCGCAACUGAUAAUUUUUCGCUACAAAACAAGCUUGGUGCAGGACCUUUUAGCAUUGUCUAUAGAGGGAAACUAGUAGAUGGUAGUGAAGUAGUGGUAAAAAGAGGGGAGAAAGGUCAUGAAAGGAAUAUUUCUGAAGAGCAAGACAAAGCUUUCGAUUCUGAAUUUGAAUUCCUGUCGAGGCUUCAUCACAAACAUCUAGUUGGACUAAUCGGAUUUUCCGAAGAUGAAAACGAGAAACUUUUAGUCUAUGAGUACAUGGUAAACGGAGAUUUGCAUACGCAUUUGCAUGACAAGAAAUUCAAUGAAAUGAACAAUAAUAUGAUAAGUUCAUGGAAAACAAGAAUCAAAAUUGCUUUAGAUGCAGCUAGAGGAAUCGAUUAUCUUCACAACUACGCAGUCCCGCCGGUAAUUCAUAGAGGCAUCAAAUCUUCCAACAUUUUGCUUGACUCAAAUUGGACUGCAAGAAUUGCAGACUUUGCAUUUUCUGCUCCUGAAUCAAAAAACGGUUACAAAUCAAUGAACGCAAUCGAAGCAGUUGGAUACAUCGAUCCUGAGUACUCUACUCGAAAAGUGUUAACUCCAAAAAGUGAUGUGUAUAGUUUCGGCGUUGUAUUGUUAGAACUUUUGACUGGGAAGAAAGCUAUAUUCACGGAUGAUGCUUAUGAUAGUGGAGGAAUAUCAAGAAGUGUAGUGGACUUUGCAGUGCCGCAAAUAUUAUCCGGUGACGUUGUUAAUGUUUUAGACCCUAGGGUCAUUCGACCGAAGCUUAAAGACGCAGAAGCAGUAGAAAUGGUGGCAUAUACUGCAGCUAAUUGUGCGAAUUUGGACGCGAAAGAGAGGCCAAAUAUAAGUGAAGUAGUAGCCAACUUGGAGCGAAGUUUGGCUCUCGGUUUUGCAAAUAGUAAUGAUGGUUUAGAACUUCCGACUAGGGGGCGAGCAAAAACAGAACUAGAUCAUUCCAAAGAUAAAAUCUCAUAGUUCGCUUACACGACUUCUCUUAACAGAGUUUUCAGAAAUCUACACCUUGUGGAAACUAUAGAGAACGUAAUUGAAGCUGCAGAGUUUGUGUCUAUUGGAUGCUAGUUGUAUUCGUAAUUAGACAUGAUCAGUCCUAUUGUUGUUGAAGCUAUAAAGCAGCAAAAUAGAGCAAAUCGAAUUAGAAAUGCCGAAAUGGCAACUUGAUAGCUUUUGCUGACCGCUAUGUUGCAUGGAAAUAAAAACAAAAAUAUUAGUUCAAA